AUGUAUAGUUGUCAUGUUGACAAGGUUUUUCUUUCUGUUCUCACUGGUUGCCAACAACAGCAUUAUGAAUCAUGUCAGAUCCAUCUAGACAGCUGCGACGUUAUUCAUCGCGAGUACCGGUGCGUAUUUCACGAAACUACACGAAAUUGCCACCUAUUUCACAAACAGCUCGUUCAACAGAUACAAAUAAUGAUUCGAGCAGCACAUUCGCCAAAAGACGGAGAAGAUCAUUCGUUGAAACCGACAUUAACGAGUACCACUAAUGAUACUAAUCAUCAUUCAUCUAUACCGAUAGAUGCCAGUAAAUUUUGGGUUAAGCUAGGAGAACAUGUUGCUAAAGAACCUUUACCAAAUUCUAAUGAUCGUGGGCAUCAGCGAACGCCAAAUAAAGUUGUGCGAAUAUUCGUCUCGUCGACAUUUACUGAUUUUUUUAACGAACGUGAAGUCUUAAUUAAACAAGUAUUUCCAGAAUUGCGCGAUGAACUAGAACCAGCGGGUAUUCAAAUCAUUGAUUGUGAUCUUCGAUGGGGUGUACCAAAGGAUUCAACAACUGAACAGACUAUUCUAGCAUGUAUGGAAGAACUUGAUCGAUGUUUCGAAGAUAAUGGUCAACCAUUCUUUAUCGGUCUUGUUAGUGACAAAUAUGGUUGGGUACCGAAAAUCACUGAACUGCCUGGCUGUAUAACAGACCGUUAUCGAUGGAUUGACGGAGCGUCGAUCACUUUGAUGGAAUUCAUUCAUGGUGCAUUUCGUACACACAAUCCCAAUGCUUUUUUCUUAAUGCGCAAUUCGGAGAACAUCCUGAAAAAUCUACCGGAGAAAUAUACUGAUAAGUUUCGUGAUAAGGAUGAACAGAGUCAACGUCAAAUUCAAGAAUUAAAAGUUCAGCUAUCACAUUUCGUUCCAGAGGAACAUAUUUUCCACUAUGAUUGCUUUUAUAAUGGACUGGAUUCGACUACGGGACGUGAACGAGUGAAAAUCGACGGUUUACACGAUUUUGCAGUAAAAGCGAAAGAAUUUCUAUCGAAUGCGAUCAAAAAUUGGUAUCCCGAAAAUUUUCAUACAGAUGCUUCAUUCAGUACAGACGAUAAGCAAAUGAAUACGUUUCUUUUGAAUAAAACUCAGUUUUUUGUUGAUCGACACGAAGAAUUCUCGAUUUUACUCAAAUACGUAACAGGUGAACAAAUGGAUCUCAACUUGCUUACUGGAAUGGCAGGAGCAGAAGAGAAAAACAUUCCGAUGAUGGCUAUCAAAGGGCGGCCUGGUGACGGAAAAACGAUGUUACUUGGAAAAUUUGCUCUACACCUUGAAGAAACAAUGAAAGAUAAAUUCUUUCUAUUCUAUCAUUUUCUCGAUGGAGCAUUCCAUCCCAAUGUGUCUACCUACAUCAAUAGCCAUCUAAAACAAAAACUCGACAGAUAUAUCGAACAAAAUAAACUUAUCUCUCCACAUACCGGAGAACGACCAGCCAUUACCAGUGACAAUUUCAUAUCACAAGCCAUAUCAUUACUUCCCGUUCCAUUUGUUAUCAUCAUCGAUGGGUUAGAUAAAGGCGAUAUUCAUCAUCAACGAAAAUAUCGUGAAGAAUUCAUAUUUUAUAACUAUGAAAUGUUGGCAAGUGAUCAUACAUACAUUAUACUCAGCUGUGAGCCAGGCUUCGCACUGUAUAAUGAGAUAACUAGAUAUAAUCGCUAUGAAAUCGAACUCAAACCAUUGACAAUAGAACAACGUUCAGCGUAUAUCGAAAGAUUCUUUCGACAAUUUAAUAAAGUAAGUUUAAAGAAAAAUGAACGAGAAGAAAAAAUUGCUUAG